GCGAUGUAGCAGGAGAGAUCACUUGGAAUCAUGGAAUCAUCAAGUGACAACAAGUAUUUAGUGACAAGAUCUGUUUAUUCAGAGCCGGCCUUCCAGGAACAACAUGAGAAGAGAGAAAUCAUCCACAAACCAUUUAAACAAAAACUAAAAAAUACUUUCAGCUGUACCCCUAAAAAGGCAUUUGGGAUAGCCAAAACUCUUAUACCUGUCCUGGACUGGCUUCCCAAAUACAGAUGGAAAGAAUGGAUUCUGCAAGAUAUUAUAGCCGGAGUCAGUGUAGGCCUCAUUUCAGCUUUGCAAGGUCUGGCUUUCGGCCUUAUGGCUGGAGUUCCCAUUCAGUUUGGGCUAUAUUCAUCUUUCUUUCCUGUUUUGAUGUACUGCUUCUUUGGAACCUCUAGGCAUAUUUCAGUUGGGCCAUUCCCAGUGGUAUGUCUGAUGGUUGGAAUCGUUACGAUUUCUAUGGCUCCAGAUGAACAAUUUGCCAUUACUAUCAAUGGCACUGAGACUGCCAUAGACACAGCGGCCAGGGAUGCAGCUAGAAUUAGUAUCUGUGGUACACUCACCUUCCUGAUUGGAAUCUUACAGCUUUCACUGGGAGUAUUUCAGAUUGGAUUCAUUGUCAGGUACCUGGCAGAUCCACUGAUCGGAGGCUUCACCACAGCUGCUGCUUUCCAAGUGACUGUCACACAAAUAAAAACCAUCCUUAAUGUUCCUGCCAAAAACUACAAUGGUGUGCUUUCCAUAAUAUAUACAAUCAUAGAUAUAUUUUCCAACAUUGCUCAAACAAAUUUUGCUGACCUCAUUGCUGGACUGCUGACUUUAGUAAUUGUUCUAGUGGUAAAGGAGAUAAAUGAACGUUAUAAAGAGAAGAUUCGUAUACCUAUUCCUAUAGAAAUUAUUGUGACAAUUGUAGCUACAGGAAUUUCCUAUGGAGCAAAUCUGGCUGGGAAAUACAAUGCAGGAAUAAUAAAGACCAUUCCAAGCGGAUUUAUACCACCUGCGUCACCAGACGUGAGCUUGUUUUCCCAGCUAAUCAGUUCUGCCUUUUCCAUUGGAAUAGUUGCAUAUGCUAUUGCAAUAUCAGUUGGAAAGGUCUAUGGGACAAAGAAUAACUACAAAGUCAAUGGGAAUCAGGAAUUCAUUGCAUUCGGGAUCAGCAAUAUGUUUGCAGGCGUUUUCUCUUGCUUUUGUGCUAGCACUGCUCUGUCGCGUACUGCCAUUCAGGAAGGUACUGGAGGGAAAACCCAGAUUGCGGGCAUGAUUUCUGCAUUAAUGGUCCUCAUUGCGAUUGUGGCUAUUGGCAGGCUUCUGGAACCCCUGCAAAAGUCGGUGCUGGCAGCUAUUGUUGUAGCCAAUUUAAAGGGAAUGUAUAUGCAGGUUCGUGAUAUCCCUGUUCUUUGGAGACAAAAUAGAUGGGAUGCGGUUAUAUGGGUUUUCACGUGCAUAUCAGCAAUCAUCCUUGGUUUAGAUUUGGGAUUAUUGGCUGGCUUAGUGUUUGGACUACUGACUGUUGUUCUGCGUGUCCAGUUCCCAUCAUGCACUUCUCUUGCAAAUAUUCCUCAUACAGAUCUUUAUAAGGAUGUAAAGAUAUACAAAGAACUUAUUGAGCCAGGAGGAGUAAGAAUUAUUCGCUUUUCUAGUGGAAUUUUCUAUGGCAAUAUUGAAGGCUUGAAAAGUGGCAUUAAAAAAAUAGUUGGAUUUGAUGCUGCCAGAGUUUUUAACAAGAGAACAAAAGCUCUUCGUAGGAUAGAAAAACUCAUCAAGAAAGGCCAACUGGGAGCAACCUGGAAUGGUAUUGUCAGUGGUUCAGGUAUGGAUAAUGAAGGUUUUGAACCAGAUGAUGAGCCAGAUGACCAAGAAGUAGAGCAAAACCAAGAGAUUCACACAAAUGAAGUGGAGAUCCAAGUGGAUUGGAAUUCAGACCUUCCUCUAACAGUGUCUGUCCCUAAAGUUACUGUACACACUAUUAUUUUUGAUUUUGCACAGGUCGCCUUUCUCGAUGUGGUGGCAGUGAAAAGUUUAAAACUGAUAUAUAAAGAAUUCAAGAGGAUUGAUGUAGACAUUUACAUUGCAGCAUGUGAUGAUAAAGUCUACAACAAAAUGGAAAUUUGUGGGUUCUUUGAUGACGCUAUCAAGCCUGAUAUCUUUUUCCUCACUGUCCAUGAUGCUAUGCUCUACAUAGAAAAGGAGAGAAAGUUUGAAAGUGCAAGUGAUCCCAUAUUUAGGAGGAUUUCACUCAUGCAGGAAAAUAAAGGACAGCUGGACUUCGUGGAAUUAGAUCCAGUACACGAGGAGCUGGCGGUACACGAAGAGGCUAUUAGACGAUAUGCAUCCUGAGGCACCCUUCAACUGCAAAACUGGAUUCAAACACCAUCAUCCUAUUUCUAACCAUAAAAGAGUCUACAAACUUUUGUUUCUGUACCAAUGCACAAUAUAAAUAUUGUGUAGUUAAUAUAGUAAUAUAAUAUUUGUACAACAAAGAAAGAAAUGGUGCAACUGUUUAAUGUUUUUUUGGUCUUUAGUAGAUUUUGUGUACACUGUAUUUCAUUACAUAUAUAAAUAAACAUAUUCAUUUUAACAUUCAAAAGGU